AAGGCCAAUAUCCAGCCGUCUUGACCGAACACUUCGUCAAUAACCCAUAUACACAGAAACAAACAUUGAAUCUUAUUGCGUCUGAAAUAUUAACUCCAAUAUUUAUGCAGGUCUAAAAUUCUACCUUCUGUACUCACGCCGCGAAUUGAACUGCGUUAACAAUACUAGUUUCUGUUUACUAAUUCUUCCUUCUGUGAUUGUUCAGGAUGAGUCCCUAUAUCAUGACAUCCACGAUAUAAGGAGAUAACACAGAAAGUUGCGUUACUCUCACUGUCGCACCAUGAAGUCCUCAGUGAUGCUGAGCGUGUUGCUCCUUGCUCUCUUGGCAAGCCUCUCACAUGGUUGUGAAGACAAGACGGUAAACUGCAUAGAUUAUGUAAGUUACUGCAAAGUGCAACAUUGGGUAGACUACAUGAAGGAGAACUGUCAGAAAACUUGUAAGUACUGCAGUGGUGGUGGCGGUAACGGUGGUGGCAGUGACGGCGGCGGUGGUAACGGUGGUGGCGGUGACGGCGGCGACGGUAACGGCGGUGGCGGUGACGGCGGUGGAAACGGUGGAUCAGGGGAUUGUGGAUACAAACCCAGCACGCGAAUUGUUGGUGGUACUCAGGCCCCUCAAGGUGCCUGGCCGUGGCAAGCAAUGAUCAGAACUCCUUCUGGUUUCCCUUUCUGUGGAGGUACUUUGGUACAUCCACGAUGGGUUGUCACUGCAGCCCACUGCAUCUCGGAAGACUCGCCCUCAAGCAUCCGUGUAAGGCUUGGAGCUCACAAACGUAUGGGCAACAUAGGAACUGAACAAGAUUUUGAAGUUGAAAGGAUCAUCCCCCAUCACAGCUACAAACAACCCUACGGCAUGGCUCACGACAUCGCCAUGUUGAAACUGCGCAGGCCCGCACAAAUUAACAGAGCUGUCGGAAUGGCUUGCUUGCCUGGAUCAAGCGGAAGAGUCCCGGAUGGCAAAAGAUGUUGGGUUACAGGAUUUGGAACACUGUCUUCUGGAGGUUCUUCACCCAGCGUCCUCAUGCAGGUCUCUGUUCCCAUUGUUUCUAAAAGUAAAUGCAAAAGGGCUUACGGGUCAUCAAUCCACGCCUCCAUGGUCUGUGCUGGACUCGAUGAAGGGGGCAGGGAUUCGUGCCAGGGAGAUUCAGGUGGACCCAUGGUCUGUGAAUUCAACGGAAAGUUCUUCCUCGAGGGUGUUGUAUCGUGGGGAAGUGGAUGUGCUUCACCAGGAAAAUAUGGCGUCUACGCCAGGGUCCGUUACUUGAGGCAAUGGAUUGAUACUACAAUGAGCAAAUAUUAACAAAUUAUUAAAGGCACUAAAAAUAAUAACCACUGUUUGCGUUUAUUAUUAUUUAAGUCCUAGGACGUUCGGCCAUAACUUUGAUAGACAGCUCCCAACCCACAAAUAUACUAUAAAGCAAUUACAUAAGACGAGAAAAUUCAAAUUACAUCGACUAUUUUGUUGUGUCGUGUCGUUAUUUUGUUGUUCAUCCGUGUCCUUGUACAUUAACUACAUGCACUGUUUGUCUGCUCAGUUUGUCUUUCUCAAGUUUCCCCUUGUUAGCUCUGCUCCCCUCUACGACAGGAGUACAGCAUUCUUAAAUAAUUGUGUGUUACACUUGAUAUGCCUGUGGAAUGGCUCACCAAUUUGUCGGUCCUGUUCCAUAUCAACCAAUUAAAGCUACGAACAGAUUUUUAGCCGUUAACUAAAAAAACGCAUUUUUCUCCUACCUUGCACAACUGUGGCCUCUGUCUCAAAACAGAUGGGUGAGAAGGUUUAUACACCAUGAAAUUUUUCAUAUUUGGUUGCCAUCGUAUUUAUCUUACAUAAAGUAUUUACUUAUUUCAGAACUGUGGAACUCCGGAUGUAUCAAGGUCGUUACCUUAUUCUACGCUAGGUUUUUGUAGCCGUAGUUCAGCCGUUGGAUAAGCUUUGAUAGAGAUGAAUGUUUUGGUUGUAAAUUACUGGCUAAAGAAAUGUGUUCAAGAGAUCGUCAAGCCCUCGUGAACGUAAACCUUCCAGAACCUUUUACAUUGAUUUAUAUUUAAUUUACUCGAGUUGUUUUGGACAUUACGUUAUUGCCUUUUGGUGAUGAUAAUUAUGCAAUUUCUGACCAAAUUCGCAAAAACAUGCCCGCAUUGACUCAAAGACAGUCCUACCGGCCAGAAGUCCUCUGACCACCCCACUGGCUAGGAGAAUGGCCCCGUCACGCAUGCACGUGGCAUGGACCACUCCAGCAGGGUGCCAUGUCAACACAGAAGCCUCAAACAAGGUUGCGCCCGAAUCCAGGCGAAAACCUAGCGGGGAUGUUUUUGCGAAAUCGCUCAGAUUUAAAGUAGGAUAAAUCCUUUUCUAAGGUUUGACAUGAAAUCAGACUCUAGAGUUUGACAUGUUAUCAACUCAGGUACAAAGGCCUUGGUUCAAUGUUCUCCAGGGUUUCAAACCCUAUGCACGUGACCACAUUGGCGUGUUUUAAUUUAAAUAGUGAAAUCAUGCGUUUGCAGGCGGCUUGCUGUCAAAGGCAAGAAAGAAAGGAGGUUGUCAUGAUUUUGACUGUGUCGCGGGGACUUUGCUCAGUUGUUGAACAAUGCUUGAGAGGCGCAUGUCAAGUGGAUUGACGGACCAGUCUUCUUGCUAGCGAGGUGGUCGAGGCAUCUGGGACACUUAGGACUGUCUUAAGGUCUUUUGCGGGCAUUUUCUUGCAAAUUCGAGAUUUGUUGAUUAGAUUAAAUCUUUCACUAACGUUUCGCAUUGAAUCAAACUUUAGAUUUUGAUGUAAUUAAUCCAGCUCUGGUGAAAACAGGCUUCGCUCCAGUGUUUCACUGGGUUUUUCUGCACUCGGUCCGUACAUCCUGACGUACCUCGAUCAAAAUAUUGUCCUGUCCGGCCCUACCACUCAGUCAAUAAGUACAUAUUAUUUGCCAUAGAUAUUUCUGACUUAAUUUUCUCUCGACCUUAAUGACCAAAACCUUGAAAAAAAAAGAAAAAAAAAAAACUGUGGAAACAACAAAUUUUAUCACAAAAAUGGACAAUUCCGGUUUGCAUUUCAGGACAUUUUUUUGCAGUGGGGAGUGGAACAGCAUUUUCUGGAAUUUUAGGAAUAGUGGACAACCUCGAAGGUAACAUUUCGAAAAUUUACUGCUAGGAAUGUCCGUUCCAUUUGAUUUUCUUCCCGGAAUCUAUUCAUAUGCAAAGGUUCUGCUUUGCAUGAAAAAGAGCUUGUGUGUUGUCCAUGUCAAAAAGAAAAAAAAAAUGUUAAAUAGUUUUUACAAAUUUUCGACGAUUUAUCAUCUAUUAAACAGUUAACCUAUUAGUUUGUUAUCCGAAUAAUUCCCAGCAAUUAUUUUCUCAGCUGACAAUUUGAACAAUUUUUGGCGAUCAGUAAAAUUCCUUUUCUAGGGGUUAAGGCAUUAUUAUUCAAUUUAUUCAAAUUUAAGUCACACUUUUAUGUUGUAAUUGUAAAGAUUCUAGAGGUUGCUGCUUACUCAAAUCUUAAACAACUACAGGCCUGGGGUAGCGCGGUGCGAGAUACUCGAACUCCACUUGGUACAUUCAAACUAUUUAAUGACAGAUCAAGUCCAUAGAUCUAGUUCACAACAGGUAGCGACUGAAGAAGUAGCGAAAACCAGUAAAUCGCUAGUAGUGGUAGCAGAUACGAAUAGGAGUACUAGUAGUAGUCGUCCAAAUAGAUGUAGUAGUAGUAGGUUCGAACUGAAAAGCGACAGUUAAGAAUACGUCCUACUUAGAUAAGGCAUAAAAUACAAAUCUAACAGGAUAGAACAAUCAUAAUAAGACUAACGAGAUCACAGCGUGAAACAAAUAGACGUGACAAUUGCAUGCUCAAGUGUAUUAAGGCCUGACUGAAGCACGGAAACGAGGCUAUAACAGGUUAUCGCCAUUUCUGGAUGUACAUUUUACGUAACCGAAUGAAACUUUCCUAGAUUGUAAAGGGCAAUAAUAGAAAGCACCUGGUUGAGCAUUGUUGUCAUCGUGACAAUCAUUCCUUAUCUAUGAAACAUAAUACCCUCAUUCAAUGUCUCAGUGUUAUUUACUUCUGAAAAUGGGGAACACUAAAACGCCUUAGCGAAACUCGAAUGUGUAUUUGAUUCAAAGAUACAUAACUAAUGUGUAAAUUUCCGCCUUUUAAGGGCAACUGCACAUGCUUAGAACUGGUUAAUUAUGACACGCGACUGAAGACUUUGAAUUCAGCGUUCAAUUUGUCCUUGUUGUGACUUAAUUUUAUAUGUUGUUGGUUUGUUGUCCCAUGUUAAAAGGCGUUUCGGUAAAGGAAAAUAACUCAAUUUUCAAAAUCCGUAUAUUUUCCGACAUCUAAUAAAGUUAAACAUCCCCCCGUUUGACAAAAUAGGUUUCCUCGAGUAGUACUCGCGAAUCGGCGCCAUUUUGCCUGUUUGGCAGCGUGUGGACUGGUACUACUUGGCAAGAAUUCACCCUACUCUACUCUACUGCAAUAGGAAAACGCUGUUUUGUAGCCUGCAGUUGUCUCCCCUUAGGCCAAAUUGUCACAAUUUUCAAGAUGGCGGACGAGAAUCAUUAGUUCAAGGUGUAUUUGAAGCGAAACGAUUGAGAGAAUAAAGGUGACAAUGUAUGAAAGGCACAUUUUAAAGAGUAUCCACAGUUUACUCUUAACCAGUAUGAUUUCAACCGUGUGAGCAAGGUAAUCGACGAAAAGAUUUCUUCCUGGAGAAACAAAGAAGACAAGGCGGUCUAUUUGUCAACAUUUUCAAUGGCUAACUGGGAUGAGGGAAAGACCAUAACCAAAGAAAUGAAGACAGCACAUUCAUUAACGAACUGUA